AUCACUUCCUAUAAAUUCACAUAUAAUUUCCCACUUCUAGGUGCCCUUCAGAGGAUUAGAUGCUUCAACUAUAGUCAUUUCAGUUCUUCAAUUCUGCAUGGCUGUUAGUUUCUGGGUUUUGACUCUGAAGUCUGUGCGCAAGCAAAGUGAGGGUGUGAAGGAUAUGAAAGAGACAUUUACAGAUACCCACACAGCUCUUGGGACUGUACAGAUAAUAGUUGGUGUUGUGAAUAUUGCAUUGUGUUGUUUCGGCCUCGCCGCCUUACAUUUUUGGUUCAGCAGUAUGUCCCUUUUGGUUGGAAUUGUGUGUGUUCUUGCAGUCAAGUAUCCCAGUUCUGGACUGCUGAUUGUUGCAGUGAUUCUGAACAUAGUCAGUGCUGCUCUGGCGAUCACAGCUAUUGUGUUACAUCUGGCAAUGAGAGAAAGUUCAGACAGUUGUUAUUAUUAUAAUUUAAAUUACUCUAUGCGUUCCCAAGAAGAUAUAAUUAACAUUAACACCUGUGAAUACUACAAUAAUCUCAAUAAGGUUUUUCUUGGAGGUGUACAUAUCAUAAUGACUGUUUUGUCAGGUCUUCAGUUCUGUGUAACUGUCAGUUUCUGUGUUUUAACUUUGAAAGUUAUGUGCAAAACGGAUGGGUGUACAAAGUCUGAGGAGAUGCCACUAGCUGUUAUUAAUGCUGGAGAGAUCGGCAUUGUUGUUUGAACGUAUCAUAAAAAAGUGCUUUACAUUUUAAGUCUCAACGAGGAUAAAAAUGGAUGAAUUACAAGCAGAUGUCAUAAUCAUCAAACGUCAUAAAACGUCUGUUUUUCCCAUUUUCCUAUUUUUUCUUGGAAAGCUUUUUACACUCACCUUGUGUGUUUAAAACCAAGGCGAUUUAAAAUCCUAAAUACCAAACAUGUUUGAUAUGAUGGGGGCCCCAAUUUGCUUAUGAGUACAUCAGGAGGUGUAAGAUUUGAACUUUUGUCACACAUUACAUGAUAGGGACAGCAGAUGUAAACUAGCUUUUAGCUAAUUCUGGUGCAAUUACAUUUAAUUGUGCAUUGUCCCUGUAAAAAUAGAAAAUAAAAUGAAAUAAUAAGCAGAACAUCGGAACCGAUCAAAGUCCAGGACCCCAUUUUCUCUCCGAUUCUCUGGAGGGGAAAAUCUGGUAUAAUAAUCUUGCAGUGUUGGUCUGGAUUUAGAGAGCACAGAUUUGAGUGAAAAGUCUGGAGAACUGGGGUAAAAAAAGCUAUUUUUCUGAAUUAAUACCUUGCACUUUGAAUUUGACAGUAAAAAGUGUGAACACGACCUAUUUUUGCUUCGGGUUCUAUGACAUGCAUUGUGGUCUGAUGACAUGAAGUUGGGGGAAACACAUUUUUCUAAAAAUAUAACAAAAUAUGUAUUGCUACAUGAUUUAAUACUAUAAUUGCAAUACUUUAUUUAGAUGUCCAAUACCAAGUCUUGUUUUUUCUUUUUAUGUUACAAAUGUGUAAAAAUAUGUAGUCUAAAGUUUACUUAUUAUCAACCCCUAAAGCCAUAAUAAGUCUUGAAAUGGUGCUCUUUUGAAUGUAAUAAAAAUUGUGACUCUGUACAAAUAUGUUGUUUACUCUGUGUUGUAAACAUGUAGAGAAAUAUUAAAAUACAAAGUAAUGGGACAA